AUGUCCGACUCCGCAAUCCACUCUGCGGCUGGCGCUCUUGGCGGCAUCGUCGCGAUGACAGCUACCUACCCGUUGAUUUUCCUGUCAACGCGAGCUGCUGUUGAGACCAAGAACGAGAAUAAGUCAACGAAACAAGCUAUUGUGGAUAUUAUCUCCCGUGAAGGUUUCCUCGGACUAUACGACGGACUUAAGUCCAGUCUCCUUGGUAUCGCCGUGACCAAUGGAGUCUAUUACUACUUCUACGAGCGCACCAAAGCAGGUAUAGUCACCUCGCGUCCAGGUAGCAAGGGUCUGUCGACUCUGGAGUCUAUCAUUGCUGGCCUGAUUGCAGGUUCUGCGACUACCAUCAUCAGCAACCCAAUCUGGGUUAUUCAAACGUCGCAGGCGGUUCAGAGCAUGACGCCUGCACCGAGUAGCGAUAACCUGUUUGAGAAACCUGCGAAACCCAUCACCGUCAGGAAGCGUGGAUUCAUUGAAACCAUUCAGUACAUCCUACAGACCGGCGGUAUUGAAGCUUUCUGGCGUGGCAUCGGACCCGCGCUUGUCCUGGUCGUCAACCCUGUCUUGCAAUACACGGUGUUCGAGCAAUUGAAGAACGCUCUUGUGCGCCGACGCAAGGCGAGGGGAUCUGCAGGCGCGCUGACCGACUUGGACUUCUUCAUCUUGGGCGCCCUCUCCAAGCUUGUCGCCACAGGUACCACUUAUCCGUACAUUGUCGUCAAGUCUAGGCUUCAGGCAGGCCAUGAACAUGCGAAGCGCUACAAGUCAGCUCUGCAUGGAUUGCAGACGAUCAUCGCGGAAGAAGGCGUCCAGGGCGUGUACAAGGGCAUAGGCAACAAGCUCAUCCAAAGCGUAUUGACCGCUGCCAUCCUCUUCGCUGGACAACGCCGCAUCUUCGAGAUGACCAAAGCCGCCCUCGCCCCGGUCGUAUCGAAAGCGUGA